AUGGCGGCCGCCUCAUCCGCCGCCUCCCCCGGCAGGGGUGCCGGCGACCCUCCCACGGCAGAGGCGGCGACGGCGAGGACUGCUGCGUGCCCUUGCCCCGUAUGCCUCGAAGCCUUCAAAGACGAGGCUUACCUCGACACUUGUUUCCAUUCUUUUUGCUACAAGUGUAUAUGUCAGUGGGUAAGGAUAGUAGCGAGCAAGCACGCAGAACCUUUGUCUUCGGUUAGAUGCCCACUUUGUAAGACUGAGAACCUAUCUGUGAUACAUGCUUUUGAUGGUGAAUCAUUUGAGCGGUGGUACAUAAAUCAGGAACCUAGGAAGAGGCGUCUUUCAGAUGCACAUGAGUUGGUGUCACAAUUCUAUAACAUGAAAGAGAGCACAAGCAACAUUGCCGGUGUGCAGCAAUACUGGGAGCAACAAAGAUAUCUCCGGAAGAAAAUUUGGCUUGAAACCUGGCUAAGACGGGAAAUUCAGGCCCUUACUCGGGAUGAGAACGUUGAGGCCAUAGUCUACCACAUUCACGGUGUCAUUGGAUCCUUCAUGAAGAGGCUUGAAAUGGAGCACAAGUCAAGGACGAUUUCACCAGAGAAGAGGAGGGAAGAGUUCAGGAGAUUGGUCUCUGAUGCUGCUAGGCCAUUCCUCCUUGGCCGAACAGAGCGAUUUGUCACCGAGGUGGAGCUCUUCCUGGUUUCAAAUCUCAACAUGGAAGCGUACAACAAACUGCGCGUUCAGAGGUUUAGGGAGUCCAGUUCCCAUCUGACAAGAGAGCAAGAUACGCUGCCUCAUGAUCGGUCUCUUGAGGAGCACUACUUGUAUUUCGUAUGUAACGACACGGACUGUGAUGAGAUGUAG